CACGACUAGGACAAGGCCCAUGACUCACAUGGUUUAAUUAACCGCAACACUACAAGGCCCUAAUCGAGAAAUCUGGAAUGUGGUGCAGAUCCAUCCCUAUUAGGAUUUGUAUGCUUUGGUUGCAAUGCGCCCAAAGUUGAGAAACAACAACGUAGCAACAUUGGAAUGAGAUUCGGGCCACCCUCAAGUGCCCCCUAGGCCAACCAUAACAAAGCCAGAAGCACCAAAUUCGGAGACAAGGUUGAAGCACCAAGAGAAAGACUCGCAGGCUCUAGUGGAAGCAUUCAAUGAUUCAAGUGUCAUGUAAGAGCACAUGUGGCCAACCAAUGUCCUAACGUAAGAGCUCUAAUCAUGUUGUGGAAUGAGAGUAUGUCUCGAAUUCUGAUGAAGAGGAGCACACAAAGGAGAUAUAAGAUUUAGAGGUCGAUGAAACAACCGAGAUGGAAGCACCUCUGAAAACUUUGCUUGUUACAAGAAGGAUCUUAAGCGUGUAACCCAAGGAAGAUCUCGAGCAAAGAGAGAACUUGUUUCAUACGAGGUGUGUGGUGGAUGGAAAGUUACUCUCCUUGGUGAUAGAUGGCAGAAGUUGCACUAAUGCCAUGAGUACCAUUGCGGUUAAGAAGUUGGGAUUGAGCACAAUGAAGCAUCCCAACCUUACAAACUCCAAUGGCUCAACGAGGAUGGGUCAAUCAAGGUUGCAAGGCAAACGUUUUUGAGGUUUGAGAUUGGAGGCUAUAAAGACGAGGUCCUAUGUGAUGUAGUACUGAUGCAAGCUAAAAACGUCCUACUUGGAAGACCAUGGCAAUUUGAUCUAAGUACACAACAUGAUUGGGUCUCCAGCAAGUAUCGAUUGAUGCAUAAGAGAAAGAAGGUCGUGUUGAAGCCCUUAUACCCCAAAGAAGUCUAUGAAGAUCAGCUACAACUAAAAUGGAAUAGGGAGCAAGAAACCGAGGCUAGCACCACGAGCCAGAAGCACGGAGGGAGUAAUUUCAUGGAGUCCAAGGCAUUGAUGUUAGCACAAAGUGGAGACGUCAAGCAAUUGAUAAAUGAUUGUGAAUCCAUGAUCUUGAUCAUGUUCAAGGGUGUGCUACUCAAUCAAGAGCUAAUUCAAGACAUACCACCUAAGGCACGAGUGGUAUUUAUGGUAGUUUGAUGAUGUCUUUCCCGAGGAAGCUCCAAAUGUUAUCACCAAAUCUGUAUGAAGGAAGGAGAUUAAUGGAAGACUGCUUUGAAGACUAAGCAUGGUCUAUACGUGUGGAUGGUUCAUGAGAUUGAUGAACCACAUGUUAAGAGCCUUUAUUGGGAAGUUGGUAGUUUUCUACUUCGAUGACAUCCUGAUCUAUUCGAGGAACAUGGAAGAACAUCUAGAUCAUUUGUGCCAAGUGUUGACGAACUUGAGGAAGAAGCAGCUAUAUGCCAACCUUAAGAAGUGUACAUUUUGUACCUCGAGUGUGGUAUUUAUGGGAUUCGUAGUAGGUGCGAAUGGUGUUGAGGUCAAUGAUGAGAAGGUGAAGGCGAUUCAAGCAUGGACUACCCUACCAACGUGAAUUAAGUGAGGAGUUUUCAUGGGUUGGUUGGCUUUUUUCAAUGAUUCAUUCCAAAUUUUAGCACCAUUGUUGCCCCUAUGGCGUCAAUUAUCAAGAAGAAUGUGUCAUUUUAUUGGGGAGAAUAGCAAGAGAAGGAAUCCGAGAUAGUCAAAUACAAACUCACUCAUGCUUCUAUUAUGAUGCUACCUGAUUUGAACAAGAUGUUCGAGGUGGUGUGUGAUGCAUCAGGAUUGGGAAUUGGAAACCGAGAGGUCUUGGAUUGCUUGGGGAAAACCAUGAAAAUUUGGGAUGGUUUCGCCAACCCGGAUUGUAAGUGUUGUGAUAGGGGUUAUUGUUGUUGUUGUUGUUGUUGUGGACCCCCCUAGCAUUAGCAAUGAAGCUCACUUUCUCUUCCGGAGUGCUUGCUUUCUUCAUCAAUCACUCUGCAUUCUCACGAUGAGUGAAGAAUUCUCCUCCGUGCCGUGUACUCCCUUCUCGGCUUCCCUUCUAUAGUGUCUCGACGAACCACAACCAUACCCCUUUGUCUCCAUAUCCUCAAACAAAGCAGUUAUCUUGGUUGGAGUCUUGUUCAUCAGGUUCUCUUGACACAAAGAGUCAAUGAGAAUCUUAUCUUCUUGAUGAAGACCAUCAUAAAAGGUUUCACUGAGGAACUGCUCUCCAAACCCGUGAUGUGGACAUUGGACGAAAAAGAUAUAGUACCUAUCCCAUGUAUCCCUCAAAGUUUCAUCCUCCUCUUGGACGAAGAGGGGUGAUCAACUUACGCCAUUCAGGUGUCUUGGAAGGUGGAAAAUAUAGGGUCUUGAACUUGUUGAUCAAGUUGCUCCAUGAGGUAAUCGAGAGGGGUGGCCUAUUGUUGAGCCAUUAAAGUGUUUUCCCCGAAGAGAGUAGGGUAAAGGCCUCCACUUAAGAGCUUCUUUGGAUACCCCAUUGAUCUUUAAAGUUCCCGCUAUCUCAAGUAAUCUAUAGGCAUGUUCCCUUGGAGACUCAUCCUUAAGCCCCUGGAACUGAAUGUUGUGUUGGAUCAUUGUAACGAGGUUGGGCUUGAUCUCGACAUUGUUGCGCCACGGGUGGAUGCAAGAUGCUUGAUUGAAUAUCCUCCGCCCGUGGAUCCAUAUAGUAGCCCAUGGUCCUCGGUUCCUCAUUCUCCUCUUGGCCUUAUUGAUUAUCCUCCAUCGCAGCCUCGACUUCUUCUUCCGAUUCAACUUCCUCUUCUAUUACAACUUCAAUUUCUUUGUCGAGAUCAACUUGUGGCUCUUCUCGAUUCACCAAUGCUUCCCUCAACUACCUCUCAUGAGCUAAGAGUCGAAGAGUUUGGUUGAUGUUCUCAUCAAAUGGCUCCAAAGGUGUUGGAUCACUUUGGGUCAUACACCUCCUGCACACACUUCAAAAAACACAACAUGAGCCAAGACAAGCAAGAUUCACACUCAACAAAGCAGAAAGUAAAGGCUAGAUUAACACCAAACGGAUUUUUCAAAAUAACGGACUGUAACCUCUCCCUGACUACGGCUACAAAAACUUGACUCGCUCUAACUACAACUUCCCAAUCGACGGUCAAGUAUAACCGACGACCGGGUGUAGGAUAGGGUAAUCAAGUAAUAAAAUUUAU